UUAGCCAAAAGAAGUUGAAGAAAUACGAGCGAGAAUAUCAAACGAUGCGGGAGCAGCAGGCUCAGCAGGAAGAUCCCAUCGAAAGGUUCGAGAGAGAAAACCGGCGUUUGCAGGAAGCCAACAUGAGGCUGGAGCAGGAGAAUGACGAUCUGGCUCACGAGCUGGUGACCAGCAAGAGCCUGCGGAAGGACUUGGACAACGCGGAAGAAAAAGCUGAUGCGCUGAACAAGGACUCUUGAUGACAAGCGAAGCUGAUCGAUGCCGAGGAUGAAAAAAGAAGGCUGGAGGAGGAAUCGGCGCAGCUGAAAGAAAUGUGCCGGAGGGAACUGGACAAGGCUGAGUCAGAGAUCAAGAAGAACAGCUCCAUCAUUGGGGACUACAAGCAGAUUUGUUCCCAAUUGAGCGAGAGGCUGGAGAAGCAGCAGAUAGCCAAUAAAGCGGAAAUUGAGAAAAUCCAGGUAACAAAAGUCGACGAUUGCGAACACUGCCGGGAGUUUUUCAACAAAGAAGGCCGCUUGAAGGUGGCCAGUGUGGCCAGGGAGGGUUCCGACGAAGACACCGACGAGGAGAAGGAGGUGCUGAAGAACCAGUUGCGAGAAAUGGAGCUGGAACUGGCCCAGACCAAGUUGCAACUGGUGGAGGCUGAAUGCAAAUUGCAGGACCUGGAGCACGACCUGGGACAGGCGCUGAACGAGGUGCAGGCCUCGCGCAAAACCUGGUUCAACCGAACGCUGAGCUCUAUAAAGACAGUGACCGGCGUCCAAGGCAAAGAGACGUGCUGAAGAAGCUGGACAGCAACCUUGGGUGGGGGUCCUCCCGGGGCCUCCCCUGAGAGACCUUCUGCCUUCCAGAGCUUGUCUUGGCUGGCUGCCUGCAGGCGAGAGGACCAGAUUGUAUAUAGGACUCCCGAAACACACCGCACGGCGGCGGGGUCCCCCCCCCCAGGCCGGAGACCGAAGCCGGCUUGUAACAAGAUGAGGGUUCUUCAAACUACUGAUUAUUUAACCGGGGAGGGGGAGUGUAGCUGUAGACAGAUGCUUUCCCCCCCCCCUUUCUUUUCCCAGAAGAACGGCGAUCCGCUGCAUUCCGCAGGUGCUGGGUACGAAGAUUUGACCGCCUUCUUCUAACUUAACCGAGUUUACAAAACGAGUGCUUUUUUGUUUGUUUUUUGUUCUCUUCUUACAGCUACAACUUUUUAAAAAGAUGUCAUCACUCGAGAGGGACAAAAGGAGAACCAAAACCGCCACCAACCCACCCAAUGCCCUCCGCCACUCUUUUUAACAAAAAAAAAAAGUUUCGACCCUUCUCGCGAAAGAGCGCGAGCGAAAAGAAAGGUUUCCCAACUCCCUCCAAGUAGGGGCUUGCAUGGUUUAACAUUUGGAAAACGGGACUCACAUGCCCUACUCCCGAAUCUGUGUGUGUGUGUGUCCCAUUCCCCCCUCCCCUGGUCUCUUUCUCUCUGUCUGUCUGUCCAGCGCUUAGUUCUCCGUCAUGAAAUAACUUCUAUGCAACUCAGCGGGGUGGGGGCCUCUUAAGGCAACUCCUCCUCUCUCCCCCCCCCCCCAGGAGAACGAAAGCUGAGAUUCAACAAACACCAUAUCAGGGUCCGUUUUAUAUACCCGCGCAGGCGGGCGGCUCGUGUUUGUGUGCUUGCAACCCAAUCCUCGGAGCUUGCUCUAGGGCUCCCCUUCAGUGGAAGUCGAGGAAGUGUGGAAGUCUCCUCCCCUUUGCCGCCGGUUCAGAUUGGGGACCCCGGUUCAUCCACUGCGAAACAGCCGCUCGGCUCUCGACACUAGAAUCGUUGGCUUCCAUUUUGCUUUUCUCUCCAUUGGCGAGUUUCCCGCCGACAGAAAAUAGACGGGAGGAGAUACAAACAGCCCCGGGAAACAGAGGAUGCUUCGGGUUCUUUUGACCACUGUUGCUGCUGCUAAACUCACUUUCGGGCCCUGACUCGUUGAGGGCCAGGUUCGCCGUUAACACUCCCUAGUUUUUGUAACUACACAAGUAGGUAAUAACGCUACUUAAGAUUUCUGGAGGCUUUAGAGCAGAAUUCUCCAUCCUUGGGAAGGUUUUAAGGCUUGUGGGCUUCCAACUCCCAGGAUUUCUUGGCUGAGGAAUUCUGGGAGUUGAAGUCCAAAAGUCGCCGAAAGUUGGAGCAUCCAAAUCUCACACCAGAAAAGCUGAACAAUGAAAUAGUUUUUUUUUCCUUUUUUUUUUUGAGCACCUUUUUAUUUAUACUGAUUUAUCCUAUGCUGAAAUAGCUUUUUCUUUUUUGUUUAAUCAGAUGAUGAACUUAACUGUGUGCAGUGUGUGUGAGCGUAAGCCGGUAACCCCUCAGAGGCACUGUUUUUGUAUAUAAAGACGAUUUUUAUUUCCGAGUUCUUUUUCCCCCCCCCCUCUUCGACCAGACCCUUAAUGCUAGCUGACGCAAACUGAGAUAUAAGAGGUGAAGCCAUCGCCCCCAUCCCCCAGCAUUCACGAUUUCUCUCCCCCCCCUUAAACUGUAUACAUGAGUAUCUUUCUUGUUUAAUAAUAACGAGGGGGGAAAAAAACAAAACCUUACAAUAUUACUGUAACUCCAUUGAUAAUAAAAAAAACACAAAAAAGUGUGGACCUUGUGGUAGAAUAGUUGCCGUGUGUAGCAUUUUGGAUUGAUCUAUAAACUUAGUAAAACGGUA